GGGAUGUUUGCGACGCGAGCUCGCAAGACGCAGGCGAAGCGGCGCCGGGCGGCGUCCGACGACGAUGGCGCCGACGACGCGCCGGCCGUCGUGGCCGUGGCCGUCGAUGCCAAGAAGAAGCUCAACACGUUCUCGACGAGCGGCGCCAAGAAAGCCAAGGCGGCCGAGAUCAUGGACGCACGGCUGCAAGCGUCCACGCGCGAGGCCGUCCGGCAGACCUACGCCGGCGACGCUACGUACGAGUCGCAGAUCGACACGGAGAAGGACCGCGACGCCCGCGCGCUCCUCGAGAAGAACAUCAAGCUCAACGCUGACGGCAACGACAUUAGCGGGACCUUUUACCAGGGCAAGGCCGGGUACAAGAACUAUGUGACAAAGAAGGAGUCGCAAGCCGGCAUGAACAAGUACACGGGCACGCAAGGUCCGAUCCGCGCGCAGACGUGGGCCCGAUCCAUUUGCCGCUUCGACUAUGCGCCAGACGUGUGCAAGGACUACAAGGAGACGGGCUUUUGCGGCUUUGGCGACAGCUGCAAGUUUAUGCACGAUCGUGGCGACUACAAGUCGGGCUGGCAGAUCGACAAGGAGUGGGACGAGAAGGAGCGCAAGAAGAAGCAAGCGCUGGCCGCGGGGCUGGAGUACAACUCGGACGGCUCGGACGACGACAAGUACGUCAUCAAGAGCGACGACGACGAAGGGCAGUUUGCCUGCACGAUCUGCCGCCAGCCGUUUACAAAGGCCGUCGAGACGCUGUGCGGGCACUUCUUCUGCGAAGCUUGUGCACUCAAGCGCUACAAGAAGACGUCUCUGUGCUUCAACUGCAAAAAGCAAACCAACGGCGUCUUUAACAUUGCCAAGAAGCUCCGCGAAGAAGAAAAGGCGCGUCUCGAGGAAGAGGCCGCUGACCACAACGACUCGGACGCCUAAAUCUCGUUCAUAUUCAUCAACGCAAGGGCAUGACGUAGCGA